AUGCCUCCUCCAAACGCACUGCUGCGCUCCGCCCAGCGCGUGCGGGUAUCACAAGUGCACAUCCACGACUUCCUCGCUCCAGCGCUCUUCACCCCGAGCUCCCGGCGCCUGCUGUCUAGCACCCCGCCGACACUCGCAACGCCGACAGACAUCCCCUCUUCCCCGAACGGCGAUGGCCACGCCUCCUCAUCCAGCGCGCCGCCCAGGGGCAAGCUCAAACCCCUCACUAAAGAGCAGCGAGACUUCCUCUCAGCCGCCCUGCGCGUCAACCAGGCUGGCGAGCUAGCCGCGACGCUCAUCUACACGGCGCAGACGCCGCCCAUCAUCGCGCGGCACCCGCACCUGCGGCCGCUGAUGAAGCACAUGUACGACCAGGAGGUCGGGCACUUCGACACGUUCAACGCGCUGAUUGCGAAGCACCGCGUACGGCCGACAGCCCUCUACCCGCUGUGGUCGGUCAUGUCGUACGGGCUAGGCUGGUCCACGGCCGUCAUGGGCCGCGAGGCGGCCAUGGCGUGCACGGAGGCGGUCGAGACGGAGAUCGGCGACCACUACAACUCGCAGAUCCGGACGCUGCUGGAGAUGGUCAGCCAGUGGGAGGCGGAGGGCUACGAGGUCGGCGAGGAGCUGCGGACGCUCAUCAAUACUCUUAGAAGGAUUCGGGAUGAGGAGCUCGAGCACUUGGAUCACGCCGUGGAGAACGAUGCUAAGAAGGCGGAGCCGCAUUGGCUUCUAACAGGUAUCAUUAGGGCAGGCUGUCGAGGGGCGAUCUGGGUGAGCGAGAGGGUAUAG